UCUACUACUACUAUUAUCCACCACCAUCCUUCACCAUCUAUAGACUAUAGGCAACCAGCCCCAGUACUUUCUUGUUCUCUCUGUCCAUUUUUUUCCUGUAAAAGCAGGCAGGAUCCUUUGCUGCCUGCUUUUACUAGUAGGAUUUGUCAAAGGGUCCAUAGUCAAAACUCAAAAAACUGAUCAUACUUUUCUCCUUCAUCCAUCCAUCCAUCCAUCCAUCCCCAUGGCAGACUAUAAUUAUAACAGAUCAAAAUCCUACUCUUAUUCGAGCCAUCACAGGAAUAAUAAUAUGCAGAUGGACAACUACUACAACUAUGGAUCAUCAUAUGAUGGACCAAGGUCCAUUUCUGCGUAUCCUAAUAAUAAUCCUCCUCAUGACUUCAGGUCUUACAGCGUUUCAUAUUCUUCUUCCUAUGAUGCACCGCCGCCUCCUCUGCCGCUGCCGCCUCCUCCUCCUGGACCGGCCCAGCUGAAGGACUGGAAGCUCAAGAAAGGCAAGAGCAUGGGUGGGUCAGCUUCAAAAUCUUGGAGCUUUAAUGAUCCAGAGUUCCAGAGGAAGAAAAGGGUUGCUAGCUAUAAAGUCUACUCUGUCGAAGGCAAAGUCAAAGGGUCUUUUAGGAGGAGCUUUAGGUGGCUUAAAGACAAGUAUACACAAGUUGUUUAUGGUUGGUGGUGAUUUAUACUUAUUUUGCUUGUUUUUCUGCUCUUCUCAAUCAAAAGAAACUACUCCUAUGUGAUUUGAAACGCAAGAGCUUGUGUUUUUUUUUUUCUAUUUCCCCUCUGUGAUCAAACAUAAAAUUUCACAAAAUUGGACUUAAUUUUCUUGAUGUCUAUUUAUUUCCUGCUGUAAAUUUGGUUCUGCAACAACUUUUUUUUUUCUUCUUUCUUCUGGGCUCUGUUAUUAUUAAAUGCCUCCCUUUCUGGAGUAAUCUAGCAGUACUACUUUACUUGA